AUGCCUAAAUUCAUUGUUAACACAAAUAUAAGCAAGGAUAAUGUUCCAGAGUCCUUCACAGAGGAGCUCACCCAGCAGCUAUCAAAAGCAAUGGGCAAACCAGCACAGUACCUAGCAAUUCAGAUCUCUCCUGAUCAGCUGAUGUCCUUUGGCUCUGCAGACCCCUGUGCUGUGUGCUUUCUCUACAGCAUUGGCAAGAUAGGGGAGCAGGAGAACAAGGUCUACUCCAAAUUGCUUUGUGACCUGCUAAACAAACAGCUGAAAAUACCAUCUGACAGAAUCUACAUCAGCUUCUUUGAGAUCAGUGCUGGAAAUGUAGGCUGGAACAACACCACCUUUGCUUGA